GUUCAUCACUAUCAACUGCACCUAGAGCAAUUAAAAUUAGAAGCGAGACGUAGGAAUGACACCAGGAACAAAGCAGAUGACACGAAUGUAAGCUUUUCCACUGAAGCAAUAAUGACACUGCACACACCAGAAACACACGCAUAUCAUAUCCCGCAUGCAGGUGUAACGAACACGCAAAUCUACAAAUCUGUAGUCGCUACUGAUAAUACAUUCAUAAAAAACGAUAUUGCCGUCGAGGAAGGAUCGAUCUCUGCGAUUGAUAGAAAACAUGAUGGCGCAAAUUUUGGUAGCUCGUCCGAUUUAACAAAGAUUUCAUUAAAUAUGAGAGAUGAGAUAUAUCUUAAUAAUCAACGGAAAGCUGAAAACUACAAUCGACAACAGGUGAUUGAAAACCACGAAGCUACUAUUCGAGACUUAUCGAAUGUUGAUCAUGUUUACGAAAAAGUUAAAGCGAUUAAGCAGCCACGUAAUAAUUUAUAUGAACACGACAUUUAAGAUUAUUACGAGAAAUAUAGUCCCGCUAUGGCGAAGAUCUUGAUAGAUCCGCUUUUCUUGCCGCGACAUACAAUUUGCAGGAAGUGCGCGAGAACAAAGAGCAGUCCAGUAUACACCGAUCGUUUGAUAUAUACGAAAGAGUCGUUGCUCGCCAUAGAAGUAGUUUUAUGUCAGUAUAAUGACGUUUCAUGCUUCAAGUAUCCGCACGAGGAUUCCGAGGAUAUUUUCUGCUCGCAAUAUGAUCAAAAUCGAGAUUAUAUGCUAGUUUAUAAUUACACAAAGACUAACGUCGCGGGUAUAUUCUAUUUUCAUUGCUGGCCUGACAUCUUCGAUCUGCAAUCGCUGUUGAAGCCGAGCAUCUAUGUUGUAAACCGCACUUGUUGCAAUCUUAUAGUAAAUACUCACUUGUAUCAUCGCUGCAUAAAUAGCUAUCACGUGAGAACAUCGAGAGCUGGUUGCACACCCAUGAUGUUUUAUCAUGAUUAUGGCACUAUAAUAAGCAGCACGAAACACAUUAGUCACAACGAUUCAGAAGAUCCGCCGAUUUAUCAGGUACACCGAUCGAAGGGUGACCACACUGAAUACCGGAGAAAUAGAUCGAGCUUGUUGCUGUUGGAACCGUUACUGCUAAUGCCGGAAUCGGCGGAUUCUGAACGUCGAGAAAAUACCAAGAAUAAGAUUUCGCAGUCAGAAUGCACAAAAAUUAUUAAAAUAAUAAUAAUCUACGCAUUAUCAUUUCUUAUUCUUACGAGCAUUACAUUUUACAUCGUUUAUUUUACUUAGAGCGGCUGAUUGUUAUGGUAAGAUAUUUAGGAAAAUUUAAUCACAUUCGAAUGUUACGUGAUACAUUUAUUGUCAUUAAUUUUACGUUACAUUUGUUACGAAGUGUUGUCGCCAAAAUGUUUAACGGAAAUUAUGCUCAAAAUUGCAUAUAUGCAUGAUUUAUAUUUCGGCGUUAUAUAUGUAUAUAUUUUAUAUCUAUUAUCAAUGGGGUAUUUCGUCAAUUAAUUAAUGACAAGAAAUUGUUUUGUGAUAUACAAAUUGUUAAAUCUGCAUCACUAUGAGCGAAUCGUUUUUAUCUCUAUCAAAUUACACGCGUAACAGACAUACAAUAUUUUAACAAGCUUGCAUAUAAUUCAUAAAUAUAUUA